UGCCAAUAACGUUCAUUUUUAUCGCGUUUAUUUAAAAGUUUUUAAGUUUUUUAAGCUCAGUAUUACUUUAAAUAGUAUGGUAAUUUAAAUAUAUAUUGCAUUUUAAGCAGUGUAGUGUAGUGUAAUAACAAAAUAGUGAUGAUGGUGCAAAUGCGAAUUGCUUUAUGUGUCGUGUUUUGCAUUAACUGCGCUUGGAGCUGGGAGUCUGAACCACUUGCUCAAGAAAUUGCUGAAUUGUUGUACAGCGCAAAUAGCGGCGUUGAUUUUGAAUUCGGAAACGCAAGACAAUUUUCGGAGGAAUUUUCGACUAGACAAGUUUUAGCGAAUCCUACCGUAGAUACCACAAGCGGGGAGUUUACAGGUUCAAGCACCGAGCAAGUACACGCGUUCUACAGUGUCCCAUAUGCUAAACCACCUGUCGGAAUUUUUAGAUUCAAACCCCCAGUAGCUGCAGAACAUGGAGGCUCAAUAAACGUGUCGGUUCCUAACUACGUCCAAUGCUCGCAAUCCCCUCAACAAUGUAGCGAUGGAACUUGUGGAACGACUAAAACCGAAGAUUGUCUUGUUCUGAACAUAUAUGCACCGGCGAGUGUGAACCUGGAUUCAACGAAUAAUAUGAACGAGUUACUACCUGUUAUGUUCUGGAUACACGGUGGAGCGUUUUUCGCUGGUUCAGGCACCAACCCUGGUUAUGACGGCGGUUGGUUAACCAACAAAACAAACACAGUUGUCGUGAACAUAAACUACAGACUAGACGCUCUUGGAUUUUUGGUUUUUGAAGAAGGCGGCGAAAAAUUCGACGGAAAUCAAGGGUUUAAAGAUCAGCAGCUAGCGUUGAAAUGGGUCAGGGAUAAUAUCGCUAAGUUUGGUGGAGACAAAAACAAGGUCACAAUAUUUGGAAACAGCGCGGGCGCACAGUCAGUAAUGCUCCACGUGCUGUCGCAAGAGAGCGACCCGCUGUUUCACAGAGCAAUAAUGCAGAGUAACCCGGCCGUGUUUUAUUAUUACACAACAGACGAAGCAAAGGUUGUUACGGAAGAAUUGCUUGACGUGUUAAAUUGCACAACAAACAAGUUGGAUUGCUUGAUGAGUACGGAAGCGCACACACUGGUCAACGCACGAGCCAAAGUCAUGGCAAAAGCGGCAUUACGAAGAAACAUAUUUGAUGGAGUGGAACCAUAUAGGCCAGUGACUGACGGUAUAGAGUUCAUUGGCCAACCAUUGGACCAAUUCCAAAGCGGCAAUUGGCAGAAAAACAAAGCGCUUAUCGUUGGAAGCAAUACUGAAGAACUUGAAUUCAUAAACGUUGUUUUUCGCAACCGAACUGUUAGGAAAAAUAUUUUCGAGACAGUAAACAAUUUCGUUCUUGGAGAUUACUACGGUCCAAUAGUAAGCGAAAGGUACAUGCAACUGGCCGGGGAAACACCUGAGGUUCAAUACGACUAUACUGCUAUCCUGGCUCAGGAAAUAGGAGACAUGUUCUUUGUGUGCCCGAGCAGAGCUCUAGCAAGAUUAGCGUCCCGGUCAAGCCCAGCCAGCGAUACAGUCUACUUGUAUUCAAAUAGCCAUCCUGCUGACCUUGGUGCUUGCACAAGUGAAGCAAGCACCUGUGGCCAUGCUUACCACGGAUCAGAACCGCGAUAUGUGUUCAACACUGUACCAAACGCAACAGCUGACGACAUGACGGUGUCAGAUAUAUUCUCUGAUUAUUGGGGAAGGUUCGCUUACACUGGAUAUCCACAGUCCGACAAGUAUACAGCAUGGCCGGCCUAUGUCCCGCAAAGUGAGACCAUUGAAGGCAUGAGUCAAUGGACCAACAUAUUACUCAAAGCCCCAAACAGCGAGACUGAGACCGGAUAUAAAGAAGACCUGUGCGAUUUUUGGGACGAAAUUGGAUUUUACGUGAACAUUACGUCACCGGGUGACGUCACUACUUUGUCAACUCCGGUGGUCUCUGACGUCACAGAGCAGGCGGAGAAUGAAAAAACGACCGUCGGGUCCGCUACAAUGUUUGGUGUAACAUUCAAUUUCACAGAAAAGUUAAUGAUCGCUGCCGGAUAUUUCCUUUUUAUGAUGAUCAAUUUGUGACUGCUGUAAUAACCUUGUAUGUUUUGUACUCUAAUUCAAUAUUUUUUGUGUUUUAUACUAACGCUAAUUUACAGUCAUGUGUAAAAAAUAAUUUCGAGCCUAAUUACAUAAAUAAAAUCUCAGCGGAACCCCUAU